UGCCCACAGCCACUCCUCUUCUUUCCCCUCACCUCCCCACCUUCCCGUCCACGCCGCAACGCAACCGAGGAGAGAGAAGCAGAUCCAAUCCAAGGCGGACUCGAACCCAAUCCGAUCCGAUCCAAGGCGGAGAUGAAGUUCUUCUCGGCCUUCGACCCGUGGCCGGUGUUCUUCCGCCGGGAGUGGGGCCGCACCUGGCCCUUCCUCGCCGGAUUCGCCACCACGGGGGCCAUCAUCACCAAGAUCACCGCCGGAUUCACCGAGGAGGACCUCAAGAACUCCAAGUUCGUCCAGGCGCACAAGGGCUCCAAGUGACCGCCCCCGCCCCGCCCCCGCCGCCAGGUCACAUGGGCAGCAGCUGAGUUACCGGCAUGUCUCCUUGAUGCGGCGAGCCAGUCCUCACCCUCAGUAUUCUGAUUGAAUUUUCUCUUUUCUUGUUCAAAUCCAACUGCGUGCAUUUUUGCUGCUCUGGUUUGUAAUGUAAUAAGCGACAUUUGAAUCGUCGAAUCCAAGAGAAAAACGGCUUCGGAUAAAGUAUGCUGCUAUGGGUUUCUCUGUCAA